AUUUUACCUUCCGCAGACGAACAAACAAAAAUGAUCAGAAAUGGAUAUUGCAUAAAAAAACAAAUUACCGCCGCAACGAUGACCUUAAAAACCAAAAAGACAUUGCUGGUCUGAUUUGCGGUCAUCUUGAUCAUCAUCCAUCCUUAAAGUGACUUCAACUGUAAAACACCACUAGAGGAUGGAGGGAACUGCUUAUCAAAAUUCUGGAUAUUCUCCAACUUUACAGCAUUCACAAAAUCAUGGAAAUGCUUCAACAACGACAGUGUCCAAGUCAUCCAGUCCAUGUACUUCUAACUUAAACAUCAAUGCUUCAACAAAUGCAGGACAAACAUCUCCAUCAAGCACACAGAACUGUCACUACAGCCACAACGGGAACAGCUCUCCAGCAACAAACCAACCUGGCUUCUUAAAUCAUCAUCUGGUACCACCCACACUCCCCACUGAUAUUCCAGGUGCAGUCUUGUCUGGUAACAAACCCCAUGGGAAUGAGACCACUGGAUCUGUGUCAGGUAUCAGACCCCAAACUACCUCUGUGCUGAGCCUUGGUCAGAAUAUGGUUCUUGAUGAACAGAACAUUCCAGCUGAUGUGAUGUUUGGUCAGCAAAACAAUAAAGCCCAGGAACCACUACCAAUAGUUGACCCCACUCUCGCCUUUCAAAAGACUUUAAGAGCAGAUCCUCAGUUCACAACUUAUUUUGAAAGCUUACAGUCCAGUAACAAUAAUGAUGGACAAUCUGCAACAAGCAGAAGCACUCUGAUUGAAGAAAAGAUGUUUCAGAUUUUUAAACAGCAAAUGGGUUAUGAAGUAACAAAUGAAAAUCAGAGUAAGGUGUUGCUUCCUACAAGCCAAGUUAAUUCUGAGGGGAAUGGAAGUGAAGUCGCUAUGCUUUCUCCAAGUUUACUACAAACAAACUCACAAGUUGGUCCCCCGGGCAUUGAUGCAGAUUCUUAUAAUGAAGACAAGAGAGACAACAUGACCAGCAGCCAAAGAACAGGGGAGUUAACAAAUUCAUGGGGAGCCACUUUACCUUCAAUAGCCAUGAUGGCAGGGAUACGACCUAAAGUUAAAAAAGCACUUGAUCACUAUGAUGAGGAAUGUCCGGGAAAGAAAAAGAAGAAGAAAGUAGAAAAAUCACAGCAUAUCAAGCCCGCGGUGCCUGAAUAUACUGGUAUGAAUGUGAAUGGUUUAGGACUUGUGGCAGCGGCUGCAGCAGUAGCACAACGAACUACAGAAAGCAGUGUUCCUGUACUCCAGUCUGGCUCUGACAUGUUAGCCCUCACAAACACUCAAGCUCUGUUCCCUAACACAUAUCAAGGCUUUCAUGAGACCAUGCUUGCUGCUAACAAUAUAAGUGGCCACAGUGGGAAGUUAAGGCAGAACCUUGACGGACCUGUCUCCUGUGACAUCUGUGGUAUUAUGUGCGCAAAUAACUUUGGCCUGUCUCUACACAAGAAAUCUCACAUAAAUCAGACAUUUAAAUGCAGAGAAUGUAGUUUCGCUACUGGUACUGUAACACAAUUAAGGCUUCAUGAAAAGUAUGUACACAGCACAGGGAACUCAAGUGCUACUGGGGCUAACUUUCAGCAGAACAAUCUUGGGCUCGGCACUAGUUGCAAUGAUAACACUAACUUUAAUCUGCAACAAUCUCAGCAAAAAUCAAGUCUGUUGGAUGCGAGCACAGAGAACAAUGAACCAGGAAAUUAUCCAUUUCAGUGUUCAGUAUGUGAUGGAGCUUUCCGCAGAAAGCAGGAUCUGACCCGCCAUCUGCAGGUUCAUAAGAACAUACACAAAUGUAAUGUCUGUCAGGAGGGAUUCUCAACCAAGCAGAAGCUGGCAGCACACACAGCAGAUAGUCACCAGACAGGGAUGUUCUCCUGUUACCAGUGUCUGGCGCAGUUCACUCAUCCUGUUCACCUGCAGCUUCACCUAAAUAUCUGUAACCAGAGUACAACAACAGCCAUACAGAAGAGAUGGAAGAACAUGGAGCAGACUACAGAUGAAAUGAUGACCGAGGAGAACAAGGACAAACGUAAUGUGUGCAAUGUAUGUGGAAAGGGCUUUAAAAUGGUGCACUACCUUAAAUCACACAUGAGGACACACACUGGAGAAAGACCUUUCUCCUGUCACAUCUGUUUCAAAUCAUUCUCCCAGCGGUCAACACUAAAAGUACAUAACCGUAUCCAUACGGGCGAGAAGCCCUAUCAGUGCAGCAUGUGUAGCAAGGCUUUCUCAGUUCGACUCUACCUACAGGCACACAUACGCACACACACUGGUGAGCGACCCUACAAGUGUAAUAUCUGUAACCGAUGUUUCAGUCAGAGGUCCUCUUUGGUUACACACACAAAGCGACACGAUGGAUUCUAGCUGUACUAGCUGUAUUAGUAAGCAGGUAUAGUUCACUGGAAUGUUGAACGCACCAAACAACCCAUACCUUCUAGAUGUUAUGUGGACAAAUAGAGUGGCAUUACAUGUCCAGUACAUAGUUGUAACAUUACUACUAUAUUCUGUAGUAUCUGGAUUUUAUAUUAAGCUGUAUCAUUAAUUCAUCACAAAAUGUACUUUUUUAGCUCAUCGCGGUCAGAAGGACCAAAGUAAGCUUAUGCCAUACUGGGUCAUGUGUUGUUUGUCAAUCGUCCGUCUGAAUUCUCCCGAUUUCCUUUAGAAGAUAUCGCCUCCUAAACGACUGAUCAGGUUUCAAAUCAAUUUGCUAUGAUGCAUCCUUGGGACCAGGGAACCAAGUGUUGUAUAAAGGAAGGAAAUGGCAGGGUAAUGAGGAAUCUAAUGCGAUAUCAGUGGAGUUCAGUGAUCAAAAGACUACUUCUCCUACAGCUCUUGAUGAAUUUAAACCAAAAUUUACAUGCAACAUCAUUCAUUAAGACAUAGGAACCAAGUCUUGAAUUAAUGAAGGUUGUAACCCCCAGGUAGGUGAGGGAGGGUACAAAGUUGUCAAAAUUAGGUAACUUAACCGUUAACAUCUGCUUCAUGUUUUCUAAUUCAUAACUAAAUACAAGGUGAGCUAUAUUAAGUAAGGCCCCUGGGUGUCUUGUUUCUGUGACAGAAGAAAUCAAAAAUAAAAUAUCAGUUUAGUGAUAAAUUAAUGAAGAAGUUACAUAUAUUUGGAAAUCAUGAAAUCUUGUUCCCGGUUAUGUAUUAAAUCUGAGUGUUGGAGAUUAAUCUCAAAAGAUUUGAUAGAGAUGAUAUUCAGUCAUCAUUUACUGGAUAUCUGUGCAUGUAUUCUGACAUUAUGUAACCAGCUAUAAUGAGCUCUAAUAUGUGUAUCAGCUAUCAGACAUAACAUUGUUAUGUGUAUCAGCUAUCAGACAUAACGUUGUUAUGUGUAUCAGCUAUCAGACAUAUCAUUGCUGUGUGUAUCAGCUAUCAGACAUAACAUUGCUGUGGGUAUCAGCUAUCAGACAUAACAUUGUUAUGUAUAUCAGCUAUCAGACAUAACAUUGUUAUGUGUGCAAGCUAUCAGACAUAACAUUGUUGUGUGUAUCAGCUAUCAGACAUACCAUUGUUAUGUAUACCAGCUA